AGCCGCUACAGUUCACUUCCUGGGCGUUGGUUUUCAACACCUUGGGAGCCAUGGAGCGAGAGCUGACAGAGCUGCUCCGGGUGGAGGACUUUGUGCCGGAGGAAGAGCUUCCGGAGGCCGCUCCAGUGCGCUCCAGGAUCUGGGCCAAGGCCACCGCCGCCUCGGUGCUGUGCCUGGGGCUGGUGGCGGUGUUGGGCACCAGUCAACGUGCAGCCUCGCCGCUGGAGGGUCUGCAGGAGAAAUACGCAGAUCCACCCAUGGGCCAGUGCCUUUGCCUCUUCGAUGUGGAUCGCACGCUCACGUCCAGGCAGUUGCAAGAUCCAGCGGCCACCGCGGAUGAGCAAUGCCCUGCAACCAAGGAUGCGCCGCUGGUGAAUGGCAAAGUUGUCAUCGACUACGCUUACAAAGCGGGACGUCUUCGUUUGUCAGACUUAGCCCAGAAGCUCGAUCAGAGCUUCUGCAGCCGACAGAAGUGCUUCAUGGGGGUGAUCUCCGCUGGCGGCGCAAGCGGCGACGAUGAGAAGCAGGUACUCUAUGACAGGCUCCACGCGAGUUCUCCAGGCAAGGUGGGGGGCCAGACCUUUGGCGAGUACGCGCAGAUCAAUGACAAGGUGUGGACCCUGAAGAUGGUCUUUACGCCAGAUCCCAACAAGGGUGAGGCGGCCAAGAAGAUCUUCGACUGGCUCAACAGCCCGGAUGGCCACAACGCAAACAUCCCCAGCUCCGAGGUCUAUUUCUUUGACGACCACCUCGGCAACGCCGGGGAGAUGGCCAAGUAUGGCUUCAACGGGCGUGAGGUGUCUUGCCGGGUCCGGGACCAGAGCAUCGGCAACGGCCUGGUGGGGCUUUGCGGUGCAGAGCUGUCCGAGGUGGUCCCCUCCAAGGGCAUCACCACCUGCGCGCGGUGAGCAGAUCGCCAGAUGGCUGGAAGGCAGCCCCCUAAAAUUGCCCUUCUUAACCCGUUUUGGGGGGGAGGGUACCCCUGC